CGCUCGCGUCACAAGUAGAGAGUGAAAGUGAAUGUUCAGGUGUUGCGCCAUGUAGCUUAUAAAUUGGUAGUUUUUAAGUGUUUAAUGGGGACCAUUAUUAUGAAUUUACCUGUGGCUACUUGACAAAAAAAGUUGGAGGAUUUGUGUUAAUCUAUAUGUAAAUGCUGGUAAAGAGUCAGUGGUGAAGAUCAGAUUCUGGUUCAUCAUGGAUGAUACACAAACAUCCAGAGAUGAAGAUUCUUCUCCAGGAUGCAGUUUCGUUCAUCAGAAGAGAUCAGAACCAGAGCCCAGCUGUGUGUCUAUGAGGAGUGACGGGUCUAUACAUAAUAUAAUAGAUUUUAAAAGCGGAGAGACACAGACUGAUCACAGUUUAGUUCAUCAGAAGAGAUCAGAACCAGAGCCCAGCUGUGUGUCUAUGAGGAGUGACGGGUCUAUACAUAAUAUAAUAGAUUUUAAAAGUGGAGAUACACAGACUGAUCUCAGUUUAGUGCAUCAGAAAAAAAGAUCAGAAGCAGAGCCCAGCUAUGUGUCUAUGAACAGUGACGGGUCUAUGAGUCAUCAAAAACAUUUUAAAAGUGGGGAUACACAGACUAAUGUCAGCCAUGAAGUCCUUAACACGUUUAAAUCAAAUCUGAUGAAAAAGUUUGAGUGUCUGUAUGAGGGAACAGCAAAGCAGGGAAACCCAACACUCCUGAAUGAGAUCUACACAGAGCUCUACAUCACAGAGAGUGAGAGUGGAGAGAUCAGUAAUGAGCAUGAGGUGAGACAGAUUGAGAAACAAACCAGGAGAGCAGAAACAGAGGACACACCGAUCAAAUGCAGUGACAUCUUUAGACCUUUACCUGGACAAGACAAACCCAUCAGAACUGUGCUGACAAAGGGAGUCGCUGGCAUUGGAAAGACAGUCUCUGUGCAGAAGUUCAUCCUGGACUGGGCUGAAGGGAAAGAGAAUCAGGACAUCCAGCUCAUAUUUCCACUUCCUUUCAGAGAGCUCAAUCUGAUAAAGCACAAAACACUCAGUCUUUCAGAUCUUCUUCAUGUCUUUUUCCCUGAAACAAAAGAAAUGGAAAUAUCCAGUGAUGAAUAUAAAGUGUUGUUCAUCUUUGAUGGUCUGGAUGAGUGUCGCCUGUCUCUGGAUUUUCAGAGCAAUGUGAGGUUGUGUGAUGUAAGUGAAUCAGCCUCAGUGGACGUGCUGCUGACGAACCUCAUUGUGGGGAAUCUGAUUUCCUCUGCUCUCAUCUGGAUCACCUCCAGACCAGCAGCAGCUGAUCUCAUCCCCUCUGAGUGUGUCCAUCGAGUGACAGAAGUACGAGGCUUCAAUGAUCCACAGAAGGAGGAAUACUUCAGGAAGAGAAUCAGUGAUCAGAGUCUGGCCAAUACAGUCAUCUCACACCUGAAGUCAUCAAGGAGCCUCUACAUCAUGUGCCACAUCCCAGUGUUCUGCUGGAUCUCAGCCGCUGUUCUAGAGAAGAUGUUGAAUCAAGCAGAGAGUGGAGAGAUUCCCAAGACUCUCACUCAAAUGUACACACACUUCCUGAUCCUUCAGACCAACAUCAAAUAUGAGAAGGACUAUGAGAAGAACGUGACAGAUGAAGACAUGAUUCUCAAACUGGGGAAAGUGGCUUUUCAGCAGCUUGUGAAAGGCAAUCUCAUCUUCUAUGAGGAAGACCUGAGAGAGUGUGGCAUUGAUGUGACAGAAGCAUCAGUGUACUCAGGAUUGUGCACUCAGAUCUUCAGAGAGGAGUUUGGCUUGUAUCAGGGGAAAGUCUUCUGCUUUGUUCAUCUGAGCAUUCAGGAAUAUCUAUCAGCUUUAUACGUGCACCUCUCCUGUACAAACAACAACAUAAGUGACCAAAUCUUCAAAGAAAGAUCUGAAGAGUUUAACCUGAAUGAAAAUUGUUCAUCAGAACAAGUUUCAUUAUCUGAGCUGCAUCAAAAAGCUGUAGAUGAGGCUUUACAAAGUAAAAAUGGACAUCUGGAUCUUUUCCUGCGGUUUCUUCUGGGUCUGUCAGUGGAGUCUAAUCAGAUUCUCCUACAAGAACUAAUGAAACAGACAAGAAGCAGCUCUGACAACAAUAAGGAAACAAUUGAGUACAUCAGGAAUAAGAUCAGGACCAUUGACUCUCCAGAGCAAUCUAUCAAUCUGUUCCACUGUCUGAAUGAACUGGGUGACCAUUCACUAGAGAAAGAAAUAGAACAGUAUCUGACAUAUGGAACAAUAAAAGAAGCCAUACUCUCUUCAUCUCAGUGGUCAGCUGUAGUUUUUGUGUUGUUGACAUCAGAGAAGAAGCUGGAUGAGUUUAAGCUGAAUGAAUUUGUUGAAGGAUUCAGUAUAUCUGAAAAUGUGCGAGUUUUUCAGAAGCUGCUACCUCUGAUUAAGGAAUCCAGAUCAAUUCAGUUUAAUGAUUGUAAUAUCACAGAGGAAAGUUGUGCUGCUCUGGCUUCAGUUCUGAGAUCAAACCCCUCACACCUGAGACAUCUGAAUUUGUCUGGGAAUAAACUAGGAAAUUCUGUGAAUCUGCUCUCUGAUGUACUGAAGGAUCCUCGCUGUAAACUGGAGAAACUGUGGUUGUAUGAUUGUGGUAUCACAGAUGAAGGUUGUGCUGCUCUGGCCUCAGCUCUGAGAUCAAACCCCUCACACCUGAGAGAUCUGGAUCUGUCUGUGAAUGAACUAGGAGACUCAGUGAAUCUCCUCUCUGCUAUGCUGGAGGAUCCUUACUGUAAAUUGAAAAAGCUGUGGUUGAGUGAUUGUGGUCUCACAGGUGAAGGCUGUGCUACUCUGACUUCAGCUCUGAGAUCAAACCUCUCACACCUGAGUGACCUGAAUUUGUCUUGGAAUAAAAAAGUAAUUCCAAUGAAUCUACUCUCUGCUUUACUGGAGGAUCCUUACUGUAAACUAGAGAAACUGUGGUUGAGUGAUUGUGGUGUCACAGGUAAAGGUUGUGCUGCUCUGGCUUCAGCUCUGAGAUUGAACCCCUCACACCUGAGAGAACUGGAUCUGUCUCGGAAUAAUCUAGGAAAUUCAGUGAAUCUGCUCUCUGCUGUACUGGAGCAUUCUCAAUGUAAACUGGAAAUAUUGUGGUUGAAUAAUUGUGGUGUCACAGAUGAAGGUUGUGCUGCUCUAACUUCAGCUCUGAGGUCAAAUCCCUCACACCUGAGAGAACUGGAUCUGUCGAGGAAUAAACUAUGGAAUCCAGUGAAUUGGCUGUCUACUAUACUGUCUCCUCCUCACUGUGCUCCAUUUUCCAGGCUGUGUGCUCGUUGUACCACGGGGUCAGACUGUUUUCUUUCAUCUUCAGCAUCUUCAGCAAAGGAGCAACCAUAUCUAGAGUGCUAGAAAAGAGAGAUUCAAUAGUUUCUGUUACAUCAUCAAGUUUUUCUGAGCUAUUGGAUAUGCUGAGGAAUUCAGAUAAGUCAGGAAGAUUACUUACAAAGCCAUCUUUUGUGGUAGAAGUGAUGGUUCUACCAUACUUGUAAUAAGGAGUUGAAUUUACAGUUUUAGUUAUCUGGAGUAUACAGAUCUGAGAUAUCAUCGCUUUGUUGCAGAAUUUCAAUGCCAUUAACAUCAAUUCCGUGUGACAGUAUUAAAUCUACAGUAUGAUUUCGACAAUGAGUAGGUCCUGACACAUGUUGUCUAACCCUAAUAGAGUUCAGAAUGUCUAUAAAUGCUGAUCCCAGUGCAUCCUUUUUGUUAUCAACAUGAAUGUUAAAGUCACCCACUAUUAAGACUUCAUGUGCAGCACUAACACUAACAAGAAACUAACUCAGAUAGAAAAUCAGCAAAUUCUUUAAGAAAGUCUGUAUGGUGCCCUGGUGGCCUGUAUACAGUACAGUACAAAUGUCACAGGGGAUUUAUCAUUAACACUUGUUUCUCUGGAUAAUGUUAUAUGAAGCACCAUUACUUCAAACGAGUUAUACUUGAAGCCGUUCCCUGAGAAACACUGAAAAUAUUACUAUAAAUUGUAGAAACACCUCCCCCUUUACCUUUCAGACGCGGCUCAUGUUUAUAAUGGUAUUCUUGGGGGGUAGACUCGUUUAAAAUAAUGUAAUCAUCUGGUUUUAGCCAGGUUUCUGUCAAACAGAGUGCAUUUAGGUUAUGAUCAGUGAUCAUAUCAUUUACAAAAAGUGCUUUUGUAGAAAGAGACCUGAUAUUCAGUAAGCCAAGCUUUUAUCAUUUGUUUCUCUGUAUUAUAUAAAUUUUUUUAUUUGCUGAACAGGUUUUUUGUAUUUCUAGCUCGGGGAAUAGACACAGUCUCUAUAGUAUGAUAUCUAGAUGAAAGGGUCUCUAUGUGCUGAGAAUUAACUGAUUUCGGUGACGUGAGGUGGCUAGCAGACAGUCGGUUUAGCCAGUCUGUCUGCUUCCUGACCUGGGCCCCAGUUAGUCAAGUGCAAAGUCUAAGACUAUGUGCCAUAUUUCUAGAGAGAAGAGCGGAACCCUCCGCGUAUCUCGUCACCACGGUAAGCAGGGAGGGGACCAGAGCAAAUUAGAGUGUCUGACAUCAAGUUGCAAGUUCACACACAUCUUUAACAUUAUUUUUAGUGAUCUCCCACUGGCCGACACCUUUGCCAAGGUGUCAGGCACUCUGGCUCCCAGUAAGCAUUGGACUAUGGUGGCUGGUUUCUCUAUUUUCACGUUCCGUACAAUAGAAUCACCAAUAACUAGAGCACUUUCAUCAGGUUUCUCAGUGGGUGCAUCAAUGAGUGGGGAGAACCUGUUUGAUGUUCUGAUCGGAACGGAAGAGCUGUGUUUUGACCUGCGACUGUGCUGUCUCACAGUCACCCAAUUGCCCUGCUGCAUAGGCGAAGUAACCGGAACUGAACAAUGUACAGGACUCCCUGAGCUAGUCGCAUUCAAAGCUGUGUCUGAGGCCGUCACAUUCUUACUUUCCUCUAUUCUCCUGAAGUCUGGUGGUGUGACAAUUUCCCCAGUCUCACUAGCUGUUGCUCAUCGGUCAGAAAGCUGGUGAUCCACUGACAGGUAGAGCUAGGAACAGAGCACUGGGUUAAUUUGGUCUAGAGGAGUGUUGGGAUGAUGGUGUUGAAUAUCAGUCUGAAGUCCACAAACAGGAUCCUCAAAUAAGUCCC